AUGAAUUUUGAUAUCUUUACACCAAUUGAAGAAACAAACUUAAUAUCCAAUAUUGAAAGCAGUAAGGGAAUUCAUGGAAUUAGUGUUUUUAUUCCAAGUGGUUAUUCAUCAGUUUUAAGUAAAAUAAAUAAUGAACUCAGAGAAGAGUAUCGACAAAAAGUUAAAGAUCUCCAAUUAGAACAUCAAAAACAGAAUAAAGAUAUUAAAUAUACUUAUAAGAAAAGAUCAGCUAAUACUUUAAAGGGCACCUAUAAAAGGAAAAAAUUAACAUCAGAAGCACAUGACACAAGAAAGUCCAACUCUAACGAAAAUAAUGAAUUACUAACGGACAGGUUGAAAAAAAUUCUUAAAAUUCCUUUGGAUAGCUCUAUAUCAAAAGAGUCGAAUGAAAUAAAUCGUGUUAAAAAAACUUAUUCUGAAGAGUUAAGCGAAAUUAAUAACGAACAGAAAAUUUAUUCUGAAGAGUUAAGCGAAAUAAUUAAUGAACAAAAAACUUAUUCCGAAAAAAACAAUGAAGUGUUAUUUGAUUAUCCACAAGGAUUUGAGCAACUUUUCAGUUUGCCAUCAGAAUACAAUAUUUUUGGCUUAGAAUCACCAAAUCAAUUUCCAUUAACAGGCUAUAGCUUUGAUGGAUGGCAAUCAACAGAAAAUUUAGAGAAUCCUACUACACUAAUAUACGGGGAGGAUCCUUCUGAACUGAUAUAUGAUGAAAAUUUAACAGAAAAAUUAGUUGAUCAUUCGGUGCUAAUGGGAAUGCUGUCAACAGAAAAUAUAGAAAAUCCCCUUAUACCAAUUAAUAGUAGUCAGUCUUCAGAAAAGUUAGCUAAUUUAGAUCGUAAAUCAUUAAUGAGACUUCUAACAAGUUAG